AUGGCGGCACUUCGGAGGAAAUUUGGCGAGGACUACCAGGUGGUCAACACUACAAACCAGGCGCCUUCCUUCGCCACUCAGGUGAAGAAGAAACGCCAGCGCUUUGUGGAGAAGAACGGGAGAUGCAAUGUCCAGCACGGGAACUUAGGCGGGGAGACGAGUAGGUAUCUCUCGGACCUGUUCACCACUUUAGUUGACUUGAAGUGGCGAUGGAACCUGCUUAUAUUCAUCCUCACGUACACAAUAGCCUGGCUGGUGAUGGCUUCGAUGUGGUGGAUCAUCGCCUAUAUUCGAGGAGACUUGAUCCACGGACGCGACCCUUCAUACACUCCAUGCGUGGCCAAUGUUUACAACUUUCCAUCCGCUUUUCUUUUCUUUAUUGAGACUGAAGCCACUAUAGGUUAUGGACACCGCUACAUCACAGAGAAAUGCCCAGAAGGGAUCAUUCUAUUCUUGUUCCAAUCCUUACUGGGAUCAAUAGUGGACGCGUUUCUUAUCGGCUGCAUGUUCAUUAAGAUGUCACAACCAAAGAAGCGCGCAGAGACGCUCAUGUUCAGCCAGGACGCGGUGAUUUCACAGAGAGACGGGAAACUGUGUCUGAUGUUCCGUGUGGGGAACCUGAGGAACAGCCACAUGGUGUCCGCGCAGAUCCGCUGCAAACUCAUCAAGGUAAGCUCCAGGCGCAGGCGUGCGUAA